AUGGUCCCCAACAGCGACAAUACCAUGGCUCGCUUCCUCUUCGCCAUCCUGAAGCAAAAGGACCUCAAAGACAUUGACUGGAACCGAGUCGCUCAAGAUCCUGUCCUAAAGCAACCCAUUUCGAACGGACAUGCAGCCAGAAUGCGAUACGCUCGCUUUCGAGCCACCGUCACGGGCCACGAACCGCAGAAGAGGGCUUGCCAGGACGACAAGGCUCGCGUGACCAAGCCCAAGAAGGGCCAGCAGUCUCGAAAGAGCGUCACCAUUAAGUCCGAAUCGGCCCCCAGCCUGUCUUCGUAUGCUCAGUAUUCACCUGCCUCGGCCGCUUCUCCCUAUACUUGCGACGCUCCCGACGACUUUCACGCUCGGUUUCUUACACCUUGCAGCGACGACAUGUCGCACGUCAUGUCCAUUCGUCCAGCAGCCGUGGAGAGGGGAUUUCACCCCGGUGGGCUCGCUCCAACAGCAAGUGUCAGCACAAGCCCCGACUACCUGAACCACACAGCCCCUUCACCAGUCUUCAGUGCCUUUGACGCUACCUACGACUUGGCUGGAUACGAAGCCGGGUCCACGGAUGGACAGCAUGAACUCGGCAACCUCGGCCAGGCCCAACCUUCGAUAGACUGUGGCCAAGCCUGGAACGAUCGCUACCAUGACGUGCAGCUGUUUUGA